CGUGUCUCCCUCCAGGAGUGGAGCGACUACAAGCUGCGCUGGGACCCGGCUGACUUUGACAACGUCACCUCCAUCCGUGUGCCCUCUGAGAUGAUCUGGAUCCCCGACAUCGUGCUCUACAACAAUGCUGACGGGGAGUUCGCUGUGACCCACAUGACGAAGGCCCACCUCUUCUCCAACGGGAAGGUGAAGUGGGUGCCACCCGCCAUCUACAAGAGCUCAUGCAGCAUCGACGUCACCUUCUUCCCCUUCGACCAGCAGAACUGCAAGAUGAAAUUCGGCUCCUGGACCUACGACAAGGCCAAGAUCGACCUGGAGAACAUGGAUCACCACGUGGAUCUCAAGGAUUACUGGGAGAGCGGCGAGUGGGCCAUCAUAAAGGCCAUCGGCACCUAUAACUCCAAGAAGUAUGACUGCUGCACCGAAAUCUACCCCGACAUCACCUUCUGCUUCAUCAUCCGUCGCCUCCCGCUCUUCUACACCAUCAAUCUCAUCAUACCCUGCCUGCUUAUCUCCUGCCUGACUGUGCUGGUCUUCUACCUGCCCUCCGACUGCGGGGAGAAGAUCACCCUCUGCAUCUCCGUCCUGCUUUCCCUCACUGUCUUCCUGCUGCUCAUCACGGAAAUCAUCCCAUCUACCUCGCUGGUCAUCCCUCUCAUCGGUGAGUACCUCCUCUUCACUAUGAUCUUCGUCACGCUCUCCAUCAUCAUCACCGUGUUCGUCCUCAACGUCCACCACCGCUCACCCAGCACCCACACGAUGCCUCACUGGGUGCGUAGCUUCUUCUUGGACUUCAUCCCUCGCUGGCUCUUCAUGAAGCGACCUCCGGCGCUGCCUCCCCCCGAGGGGAGCGCGGGGCAGUACGACCUCCCGGGGACGAGGCUCAGCACCUCCCGGUGCUGGCUGGAGACCGAUGUGGAUGGCAAGUGGGAGGAGGAGGAGGAGGAGGAGGAGGAAGAGGAGGAGGAGGAAGAAGAGGAGGAGGAAGAGAAGACAUACCCCAGCCGCAUAUCCCAGGCAGGCUCCCGUGGCCAGGGCGCCCAGUGCCGCUAUGACUGCGGGCGCCAAGCUGGGAAGACGUCGGGGGGCUCAGCCCCCCGAGUGCCCCCCAAGGGGGAGGAGGAGGAGGUGGGCUCGGACCCGGGGCUGAUGCUGUCCCCCAGCAUCCUGAAGGCCUUGGAAGGGGUGCAGUACAUCGCGGACCACCUGCGAGCUGAGGAUGCCGAUUUCUCGGUGAAGGAGGACUGGAAGUACGUGGCCAUGGUGAUCGACCGCAUCUUCCUCUGGAUGUUCAUCAUCGUCUGCCUGCUGGGCACCGUGGGGCUCUUCCUCCCGCCCUACCUGGCGGGGAUGAUCUAG